ACUCUGGCUUUUUGUGUUUUUGGAGAAAGAAGAGAAGUGUAAAAAAUCCCACAGACAUGACCGGGAAGGAGGGAUCUGUGCUUUCAGACACCGAGAACAAACAGAAAGCAGCCUCUCAAACCUGCAGCGUGAAUCACGGGGGAUCCCAGCAGCCGCUCCCGGUGUGGAAGAUGGCCCCCGCGGUGCACCGGCGCACCGGCUUCGGGAUCCAGGAGCUGCUCGGCCUCAACAAGGAGCCGCCGACGGCGCCGCGGCGGCCGCUGGAGGCUCUGCCGCACAGGGCGCACCUGCUGGCGGCCAGGUCGGCCCUCGGUCACGGUGGGCUCGGGGUCGGGAUGGGUUUGCUGGGACCGGAGGGAAUACACUCGUUUUACAGUCAACCCGCUUUUCUGGAGGUGCUGUCAGAGGCGCAGAACGUGCACCUGCAGCCGCUGCACAGAGCCGUGCACAUGGAGGCGCAGAUGGAUGCGCAACACUCCAGCUCCGAUUCGGAUGAUAUGAGUCUUUCCUCCGGGGAUCAGAAAUUCUCUAAAUCAUCCACGAGUCAGAGCAAGAAGAGAAAGAAACGACGACACAGAACCAUUUUCACGUCCUAUCAGCUGGAGGAGCUGGAGAAAGCUUUUAAUGAGGCUCACUAUCCGGACGUGUACGCCCGAGAGAUGCUCUCCAUGAAGACCGAGCUGCCAGAGGACAGAAUACAGGUGUGGUUCCAGAACCGCAGGGCCAAGUGGAGGAAGAGGGAGAAGUGCUGGGGUCGCAGCAGCGUGAUGGCCGAGUACGGUCUGUACGGAGCCAUGGUGCGUCACUCCAUCCCGCUGCCCGAGUCCAUCCUCAAGUCGGCCAAGGACGGCAUCACAGAGUCCUACGCACCGUGGUUACUCGGUAUGCACAAGAAGUCAGUCGAUACUCCGCACACUUCCCCGGGCAAACCCUGCAGCACGUCCCCCCACGCUCCAAUGCAGGAGAAGCCGGUGGACAAAGUGAUGGAGGCCGAGGAGGAGAAACGGAUGGAGGACACAGGCUCCCCGAUCUCCAGAGAGGAACUGAGGGAGAACAGCAUUGCGGCGCUGCGAGCCAAGGCGCAGCAGCACAGCGCCCAGAUGCUCGGCACCGUUUCGAACAGGACGGACGGCCACGUGACGCACAAAGAGGAGGCCGACGAUGAGGAGCAGCAAACGGUAGAGGAGGAGAAGAGGAACUGAAAACAUGGCUGCAGGGCACAGACUGAGAGAGAAUAACCUGCAGAGAGGAGUUUUCUUACGUGAUUGAACUGAUACUGUACAAAGCUGCAGUUUAAAUAUUAUGAUCAUGAAAACACGCACAGAAAAACUUUGCUCAUUUGAAAAGAGGAUAUUUGGCUCCGCUCCCCUAAACCACUGUACGACACUGAAGGAGGCUGUCUAACAUUUUAAGGAAAAUGUUUUUCUGACAUGAAGCUGCAUCAAAAUUAUAUACAGAUAUAUAUAUAUAUAUAUAUAUAUUUGUUUUCUUUCAAAUAAAUUAACCUUUGUGACAUGGAUGUGGCACGACACUGCCUCCACCUGCUCCAGUCCACGUGUGUCCCAUAGGAGCCGACUGGGACCUCUGACCUCCCCGUGAUGACACAUUUCAAUUAGGGUUAAACUGACGGUUUAAGGCCUGCACUCUUUUUCUUUCGUCUGUGUCAAUAAUUGUGAUGUAAAUACUGAAAUAAUAACGUCCAAUAGUCAAAACUGUACAAUUAUGUAAAUUUAACAUCCAUUAUCUGCGUUUGUCUUUGUAUAAAUGUAACUGUAGCUCAAUUAAAAGUUACUAUUUAAA